UUAACGCCAUGGCAAAAAUAGUGCUAUCUUCUCUAGUUCUGGUAGCUUUAUUACACCUAUGUGGCGGCUACAAGAUAUUAUUAGUUUUCCCGUUACCUGGAAAAAGUCACCACAUCCUUGGGGCUGGUUAUGCCAAACAUCUGUUGGAAGCCGGACAUGAGGUUACAUAUGCAACCCCGUUUCCAACGAAUAAAACGACGGCAAAGUAUCACGAAAUUGAUCUAAGCAAAAGUGUAGAGUAUUUUAACAAACACAGUGCUUCAAUAUUAAAUUUAAAAGCUAUUAUCGAGAAGGAAAUAAGCGGCGAUGUAUUAAGUUCGCUACCCGUGUUCAUAGACAUGCUUAAAUGCAGCUUUGACAAUGAAAACCUUGUGAAUUUCCUCAGCGACACUUCGAAGGAGUUUGAUGCUGUUAUUGUAGAGUGGCUUUUCACCGAUGCUUUUGCCGGGAUUGCGUCCCUGUAUAACUGCCCUCUGAUCUGGUCGUCGUCCAUGGAGGCACACUGGAUAGUGCUCCAGCUGAUACACGAGCCUUCAAACCCCUCGUUUAACCCAAAUGUGCUGUCUACCACGAUCCCACCAUUUACGUUCUUCGAGCGUGUUGCCAACUUGUUCACCAUGGCUGUGUUUAAGGCUGCAAAAUAUUUCUACUUAUUGCCGAGAGAGACCGCAUUGUACGAUGAAUUCUAUACGCCCCUGUUCGCAAAACGGGGUAGGCAGCUGCCCCCAUACGAGGAAGUAUUGUACAACGGAACGUUCGUGCUGACAAACUCACACACUUCGUUGAGCCAGCCCAUCAGUGUACCUCCGAAUGUUAAAGAAAUUGGAGGAUAUCAUAUCGAUCCUAACACCAAGCCUCUUCCAGCGAAUCUCCAAAAGAUUAUGGAUGAGGCAAAGCAUGGAGUCAUAUACUUCAGUAUGGGAACCAAUGCCAAGAGCAAAGACUGGCCAGAUUCUUUAAAAAAAGAAUUCUUGGAAGUAUUUGGUGGAUUGAAGCAAACUGUGCUAUGGAAGUUUGAAGAACAAUUACCAAAUUUACCUAAAAAUGUUCAUAUUUUGGAGUGGGCGCCGCAGCAAAGCAUUCUUGCUCAUCCCAACAUACGCCUUUUCAUCACCCAUGGCGGUCUCCUGUCCACCACCGAGACAGUCUACUUUGGAGUCCCGACGAUCGUCAUGCCGUACGGAGCCGACCAGCGCGUCAAUGCGCUGAGAGCUGUGAACAAGGGAUACGCGAAGAUGGUCGACCUGUCCUAUGAAAUGGCUGGUGACAUGAAGGUUGCCAUAGAAGAAAUGCUAACUAGUACAAAGUAUUCUGAGAAGGUCAAAGAACUUUCAAAGUUGUACCACGACCGCCCGGUCCCCCCGGGCGCGGAGCUGGUGCACUGGGUGGAGCACGUGGUGCGCACGCGCGGCGCGCCGCAUCUGCGCUCCCCCGCGCUGCUGCUGCCCUGGUACCAGAAGAUCUACUUAGACUUAUUAGCAUUAGUUGUACUUGCUUUGUAUGUUAUAAAAGUAGUAUUGAAAUUGUUAUGUAGGAAGGGAAACAUAAAAGUGCCUAUUACUAAAAAGAAAACGAAUUAAAUAUAUAUGAAU